UUUUAAUGGCAGCGCUUGGCGCCCUUCACAAGCAGCUGAUUGUUUGCCGGCGACGAAUACAAAGUGUCACUGUGUCCCGCGGUUACCACGCAUCCACUGCCUUAAAAGGCAGCGGCCCCAGCCCAAUCCACUCUGGCGACACUAAGGGGAGAAAGAGCGCUCUCAAGUUUAAGACAUUUUUUUUCUUUUUUUUUUAAUAUCUAAAACGAAAUAUACCCGUCACCUCGGUGCAAGUGUUCAAAAUAAAAAUAGGAAAAAAUGCUUCAAAACGGACCAACUCCAGUGCCCAUGAGUAGGAGGAAAAAAAUGGGAUGGGAGGAGUAACGUAAAGAGAGAGAGAGAGCGCGCGCGCACGAGCGAGUGAAAGGCAGCCAACGAGCCAAGCGCCACAAGGACUCCAUUAUCAAAACAGAGGAAACACUUGGGGGACUUUCCUGGGACUCGGGUCGUGAGUAUUACUUUGAGGGAAAGAAGAAAAAAAAAUCCAACGCACUAAAAGUAAGAAAAAAGAGGAAAAUCCAGAAAGCCAUAGACAUACUUUGAAGGACGCGGACGUGUCUUGUGUUGGAGGGAUUGUCUUUAUCCCGUCGUGAAGGAUGGCGCUGGAUGGUAUUCGGAUGCCUGAUGGCUGUUAUGCAGAUGGCACAUGGGAACUGAAGAUGUAUGUGACUGACCUGCACCGAGAUGUCUCCCUGCGAGUCACAGGAGAAAUACAUAUUGGUGGAGUGAUGUUGCGGCUGGUGGAAAAACUUGAUGUGAAGAAGGACUGGUCAGACCAUGUACUUUGGUGGGAAAAGAAGAAAACAUGGCUGCUGAAGACACACUGGACUCUAGACAAGUAUGGAAUCCAGGCAGAUGCCAGACUGCUUUUCACUCCACAACAUAAACUACUGCGUCUACAGCUGCCAAACAUGAAGCACAUGAAGGUCAAAGUGAACUUCUCUGAUAGGGUGUUUAAGGCUGUCUCAGAUAUCUGCAAAACAUUCAAUAUCCGACACCCAGAGGAACUGUCCUUACUACGCAAGCCCCGAGACCCGAAGAAAAAGAAGAAAAAACCAGAAGAGUGUGAAGAUGAGGCGCUAGAGCUAGAAGGACCACUCAUCACCCCUGGAUCAGCUUCUGAUGUUAUUUACAUUGGACCUGUCAAAGGGAGCAUCUACUCAAGCCCAGGACUAUAUAGCAAGACAAUGACCCCUACUUAUGAUUCUAGAGAUGGUAGUCCCCUCUCUCCCACCUCUGCCUGGUUUGGGGACAGCCCAUUAUCAGAGGGAAAUCCUAGCAUCCUCGCUGUCAGCCAGCCCAUUACUUCACCUGAAGUCCUUGCCAAACUAUACAAGCCUCAGAGCCUCCUGGAUAAGGCCAAGAUCAAUCAGGGGUGGUUAGAUUCUUCUCGGUCUUUAAUGGAACAAGAUAUAAAAGAAAAUGAGGUUCUGCUUUUACGAUUUAAAUAUCACAGCUUCUUUGACCUAAAUCCAAAGUAUGAUGCUAUCAGAGUUAACCAGCUCUAUGAACAAGCUAAAUGGGCCAUCCUACUGGAGGAAAUUGAAUGCACAGAAGAGGAGAUGAUGAUGUUUGCUGCCUUGCAGUACCACAUAAACAAGCUGUCCAUCAUGUCCUCUGAUAACCACAUGAACAACAGUGACAAAGAGGUGGAUGAGGUGGAUGCAGCCUUGUCUGAUCUGGAAAUAACUCUAGAGGGGGGCAAAACAUCCAGCAUACUGGGUGAUAUCACUUCCAUUCCUGAGCUUGCUGACUACAUCAAAGUUUUUAAACCAAAGAAGUUAACUCUGAAAGGUUACAAGCAGUACUGGUGCACAUUUAAAGACAUAACAAUCUCUUGCUAUAAGAGCAAAGAAGAGGCUCAUGGAACUCCUGCUCAUCAGAUGAACUUAAGAGGGUGUGAAGUGACCCCAGAUGUGAAUAUCUCUGGUCAAAAAUUCAACAUCAAAUUGCUGAUUCCAGUGGCAGAUGGUAUGAAUGAGAUAUGGCUGCGUUGUGAUACGGAGAAGCAAUAUGCCAGCUGGAUGGCAGCCUGUAGGCUUGCCUCCAAAGGGAAGACCAUGGCAGAUAGCUCCUACAACCUGGAGGUCCAGAAUAUACUUUCAUUUCUGAAGAUGCAGCACCUGAACCCUGAUCCUCAGAUCAUAGCCGAGCCAAUCAACACAGAUGUCAACCCUGAAUGUCUGGUCUCGCCUCGCUACCUGAAGAAAUAUAAAAAUAAACAGCCGAGUUAUAUAAGGGACUUGAUAACCGCUCGCAUCCUGGAAGCACACCAGAAUGUUGCCCAAAUGAGCCUUAUUGAAGCGAAGAUGAGAUUCAUCCAAGCCUGGCAGUCAUUGCCAGAAUUUGGCAUUACACAUUUCCUUGCCAGGUUCCAGGGUGGAAAGCGAGAGGAGCUCAUUGGCAUAACAUACAACAGACUUAUUCGCAUGGAUGCCAGCACUGGAGAUGCUAUUAAGACCUGGAGAUUCAGCAACAUGAAGCAGUGGAAUGUCAACUGGGAGAUUAAAAUGGUGACUGUGGAGUUUGCUGAUGAGCCCAGCCUUUCGUUUAUCUGCACUGAAGUGGACUGCAAGGUGGUCCAUGAAUUCAUUGGAGGCUACAUCUUUCUUUCAACUCGGGCCAAGGACCAGAAUGAGAGUCUAGAUGAGGAGAUGUUCUAUAAGCUUACCAGUGGCUGGAUCUGAUUCUGGUGGGGGCUGAGAGGCUAUGGCAAGAGUUCUUGUAUGGUCACACAUAUGUACGUAUACACACACACAAACACACACACACUCUCUCUCACUCUCUUGCACUCAAAUGCCAAGCCUGCUUUCUUUUUCCUCAACUUACCUGAAUCCUGAGACCAUGGUGUGGAGUAGUACUAUGUAAAGAAGCUCCUUUCCCACCCCAUUUACAAAAAAAAAGGAAGAAAAAAAAAAAAACUCUUAACAGGUGAAAUGACCCCCGUCACCAUCGUGGUCACCUGCAGUGGACAACUUUACAAAUCCCUGGACUUGUCUAUGCUCUGGUAGCACUGAAGCAGAAAGAUCUCACUCAGGCACAAAUAGUGGCUUUCUUGCUUUGAACCAUGUUACAGACGUUGUUACUGAAGUGUGGGGUGAUGCUCAGCUGGACAGAUCAAUUCAGGAGAGCGUCUCUCUUUAAAGAGAUGCACAUGCAUAGACAUUUGGACUUUUAAAUCUGUUUAUCAUUAGAAAGUGAGACACAUCGUGCAUUUGAUACGAUAUAUUGACUGAUCCGAUGCCUUUGGCCACACCAUUGGUGGCAUGUGAGGUGCCUGUUCGCUUGAAGAGCUGUGAGGGAAGAUGCUCCUUCCUUCCUGGACUGCAAUUCUGAAACAUUAUGGGGUGUAUUCUUACUGGGCUGGAUUAAAAUCGUGACGUUUUCUGCAAGCUAAUGUUACUCAAAUGAAGGAAUUCAGCAUAUGUCAUUUUUUAUUUUCUUUUUUUGCGUGUGCACGAACACAAGCACUUCACAGUAGUGGUAUUGUUGCCAGAAAGUCUGCAUGUAUGCUUUGGAACACAUGCCCACGGGAUACCCUCGUAGGGUUAUCAAGUUCCUCACCUCUGGAGUUUGUUGGUUUAUUGAGACCCUUGUUGUUUGCUUCAUUUAUAGAACGUCAAUAUGUGCAAGGCAGUCGGUUCUGUUUUGCAGCUGGAAGUGUGUUAACUUCGUGACCGUUUAAGUCUUCACAGCCCUGCUAGACUCGUGUCUCACUCCAUGGAGAGUAACCACCGCCAUGUGAUUCCCAUGCAGCAGAACUGAGGGCCAAGGGGAGUCACGAGUAGCACGUUUUGGGGAUUGAUGUCUUGAUUUAUAACUGCUAAUUAUUUGUGAAGCCCCUUAAUUUUGGCAGAGUGAGGACACUGCGUAUUGUGAUUUUACCUCUUGAUAAUCUAAUCUCACUGCUCAGCAUCCAAAGCUUUGCAAGGCAACAGCUACAUUUGAUUGGCUACAGCCUUAGAAAUGCGGCAUUUGAUUGGCUAACCUUUCAGUUCAAUCUUCCAACGUGCCAUUUUGCCUGCUUUUCAACUUGCAGAUUCAAGCAUUGAAAUAAAUAAGUGAGUUCAACUUUUGUUGCCAAGCAGUAGAGGCACUGGCAUACCAAUUGGUGGCACCCAGUCCCAAACUGAAUUACGUUGGUCAGAUUGUGGAAUUGUGUUGAGAACAGUCCAGCCCACGUGAAGACACCUUGUCGGUUUUUCCCAUCUUGUAAAGUACCUGACCACAACUUUAGUGAAUCCAUCAUCCACUGUGUCUGUGAAGGAUUAGUGGUAGUCCUGUACUCAAACCUCUCGUCACUCCCGUCUGCCGCGCUAAAGAAUAGAUUUUGUCAUUUAAAUGUAUCUCGAGUGAGUUUUCGAUUUCUUUUGCUAAAUUUUACACUAAAACCGUGACAUUUUCCUUUGGCCUGGGCCCACCAAUUUAAAAACACGACAGAACGUGUAGGAUUUUUCCUUGUGGUUUUUUAGCAGACAUCUCUAUGCCUCCCUGCCUUCCUUAACCCCUCGUUUUUGGGUGUCGAUUGGCACAAGUUGCCAGGGCAGCGUGUCCCACUGGCCAGCAUUUGUUGUGCGCCACAUAGUAUUACUUAGUGCUGCUCUUAUUACACACCAGCGUUAGACAGUUGUGAACACGCAUACGCAAUCAGGUUUUUAUUUUCUCUAUUAUUUUUGAUAUUGUAUGAAGGAACACUACAUGAAGCAAGUUUUUAUGUAUCUAAUGUAAAAAGUACAUGUUUUAUAUAAUUGUACAGUUUUUGAAAUAUAUAUAGAAUAAUGGCUGAAGUUAUCUGCACCUCUACAAGAAUACGGUAUGUGAAGUUUUUAGUAUUCAAUAGUUUGGUUUCUGCCCGCAGUUAGGUGGCUUAUUUU